CCCCGAACGUAUAGAUCGUGCCUUAAUAGAGAAAGUAUGCAGUGAUUUUGACGCGUAUGGCGGUGUACGCUAGUUCCUCGCUGUCAAUAAGGAGUGUCUUGAUGCAAGAAUGCUAGGGAAGACUGCAGUGUAACUCGGAUCACACACCAAGAAAGGGGGGAGGGGUUAAGAUUGAGGGAAGGAGGAAAAGAGAGAGAGAGCGAGCGAGAGAGAGAAACGAAGCAGCGCGCGAGGAUCGGAAAGAGGGAAAAGGCAACAGAUAUUUGAUUAGUUUGUUAGUAAGUUUGUCUCUCCGGUUGUACGGCUCUACUUUCCAUACUAGCAGUACGAAUUAAAAAGAAACAAGUGCCAGCGGAAUCUGUGAGGAAUCAAAGGUGGACUGUUAAGCCAAAAUGUGUAUCUAUAAACUUAUGCAUUCAUUUCAUUUAAAGAAGAAAUAGAAGGAGCAAAGACCGUAGGAGCAACGUGUCCUCCACUGGUACAUCCAGGACCGUGUGCACUUGCCUCCCCCCCACCCCCGUCUAUCCUUCACCAGAGCUGCCUGUGGGGGCUCCAUGCCCAGACAUCCCCCUCCCUCUGUUGGGUGAUGCUGGCGGAAGGAGGCACAGAUGAGUAACAACGGUACAGCAAAGAGGCUAUCACAGCCUGGCGGUCCGGAAGCCCCUGCCGAAGCUCCACGCCGGGGGAGGGGUCGUCCACGCAAACCGCAACAGGAGCUCAGUGGGCCUCCUACCCCCAAGAGACCUCGCGGACGUCCUAGAGGGAGUAAAAACAAGGGCCCCCGUGCCACACCCAAGAAAACAGAGCCAGCCGGAGAGAAGAGACCACGAGGCAGACCGAGGAAAUGGGAAGUGACACAGCAGCGGAAUCCACUGCUGCCCCAGUGCUUCAUGGGAUCUUGUUGUCAAUCUGUGUCAUUCACUGCAGCCAUUUUACAAGCUGGGGAGGGGCUGGGGGCUGCAUGCCUGCAUGUGGUCUCCGCAAAAGUGGCACAUUUUUUAGACACAGAGUCCUGACACAUUAAGAUACAUUCCUGACAAAAUGAGCCCUGGCAGGCAAUAACAUUUAUUUUGGGUGCGAGGGAGACUGAAGCAGUUAGCACGUUUUUUUCUGAAGCAAUAAAUAGGGUUAUAUUUGCACUAACUAGCUGCAGAAGUUUAAGAACAUAUAUUAAAACAACGUUAGAUUAAUUUGAGUUAAAUUAGAUCCCAUCUCCUCACCCUAACCCUAGUCCACCCUCUUCUGGAGUUUGCGGCUUCUGCAUUUUGAUGCUGUGGCGGGAAUGUAUUUCAGUCUGCUGCAGGGGAAUCUGGGUAAUGGUCCAAACCAGCCACAUGGAGCAGCAGGGAGGAGGAAAUGUGUUUGAUUACAGGAGGAAGCAGGUCUGCUGGGGCCCGCAUUCCACAGAUGCCACACACAAUAGAGAGAAAAGGGGGAGUGAGGG